CAAAAUUGUUAUGAGGUUGAAAUUAGUUGAAUACAGAUUAUUACUCUCGUUAUAAUUUAUUUUCUUAAGACCAACCAUCGCACUACCCAGGGAAAAUGGGGCCACAAGCCAAAAAACGCAAGUUGACCCCCAAGGUCGAAGAGAUCAAUUUCGACCCUGCCGAUCGGCAGGAAUUCCUCACAGGAUUUCGAAAGAGAAAACAGCAGCGGAUACGGAAUGCACAGGAACUUGCAGCAAAGAGAGCCCGAGAAGACAAAAGGCUAGAACGGAAGAAGAUCCGUGAAGAGCGAGCCGCAGAAUAUGAGCGGGCACUUGAAGAGCAUCGGAGGCAGCUGGAAAUGCUGAGGAAAGAAAAUGGCGACAGUGACGAAGAAACAAAUUCCAACAACGUAGAUGAAGACGAGCAGGAUGAAUGGGAAGGAUUCGCUGAGCCUCCUGCAGUGGACUACGAAGCCGAAUAUAUCGAUGAAGACAAAUAUACCACCGUUACUGUCGAAGAGAUGGAUGCCUCCAGAGAAGGCUUACUCAGGGCGGAGAAGGGCGACAAGUCAGACGAGGAUGAGGACGACCAAACGAAACGAAGGUCGGAAGCCGAUGUCAAAUCCACAACCACAAAUUCCGCCGAGAAGAAAACGAAGGAGAACAACAAGCCAAAAAAGAAGAAAAAGAAGUUCCGAUACGAAAGUAAGGAGGAGCGCAAAGUUACUCUUAUGAAGCAGCGGCAAGCCAAAUCGAGAAAGGCCAAUGCUCGGCGAGAACGAGAAUAGCGAUUCCCGAGUUAGAUUCGUUAAAGAACGCUUCGAGCAAAGCUAAGAUAUCACAGUGACAACUUCCAUUAAAUAUGCUCUAUGUACCUCAAACAAUGGAUAUAUGUAAAGGACAGGAAAGGGUCCAAGCUGCAAAGACGAGCCGAUCUCCAGCAUGAGAUGACAAGGGCGAAAGAGAACCUAUUAAAUUGGUUCCUGCCGAGAAAGAGAAUAGCAAGGAAGGCUGUGAUUUGCGACUAAAUCUGAUAUCCGUUGGAACAAAGGCUGGAUCCAAUAUCUUUCCGAGUGUACGCCGAUGUGCGAGAUUAUCUUUACACAUUGCUGAUAGAGACCUCCAGGUCGUGGAGAUCCUUCUGCAACUCAGCAUACUUCUUGGCCAUCUCCUCAUACUUGCUCUCC